AUGAUCAAGAAAGGAGACAAAGUGGGUUCCUCUGAGGUUGCCCUCCUUGCUAAACUUGGGAUAAGAUCCUUCUCAUACGGAUUAGUGGUUCUCUUUAACUAUGACGAUGGAUCUGUCUUUAGCCCAAAGGUGUUCAACUUCACUGAGGGUGAUCUCAUUGACAAGUUUACAGCUGGUGUUGCUACGAUUGCUUCGCUGUCAUUAGCUCUCUCUUACCCAACUCUUGUAGCUGCGCCUCAUAUGUUUAUCAAUGCAUAUAAGAACAUCCCUACUGGUGUUGUUGGCACUGAAUACACAUUCAUACAAGUUUUAGGAGUAUCUUAA